GCGGGCUAACAACAUUAGCUCCUGUCAGUGCUGUACCACAACAAGAGGCAGGCACUUGCGCCGACAUUUGCGAGUUUUAGACACCAUGGAGGACAAUGAAGAUCCAGCAACCGGUGGCGAUAAGACGAGGGACCCUCAGGAGGACCGCUUCAGGUUGCACAUGGUGACAUGGAAUGUGGCUACAGCAGAUCCUCCUGCUGACCUGAGUUCAUUGCUCCAUCUGAACUCUCCUGGGUCACCGGACCUCUACAUCAUUGGUCUGCAGGAGGUCUACUCAGGACCAGUGAGAUUUGUUACAGAUACUCUCUUCGACGACCCAUGGAGCCAUUUAUUAACAUCAGCUUUGGCACCAAAGAACUAUGUGAAGGUGUCUUCCAUCAGAAUGCAAGGUCUGCUCCUGCUCAUCUUCUCCAAACUGGAGCAUCUGUCCUUCAUCAGAGACAUCAAGGAAACUUACACGCGCACCGGAGUCUUUGGCUAUUGGGGGAACAAAGGGGGAGUGUCAAUCCGCCUGUCUUUCUAUGGCCACCUGCUCUGCUUCCUAAACUGUCACCUGGCAGCUCACAUGCAGUUUGCCUCUGAGCGCGUGGAUGAGUUUGAGCAUAUCGUUGAGACGCAGAGUUUUGAGUGCGAGAAGGCUCCAAGAAUUCUCGACCACCGGCUGGUGUUCUGGUUCGGAGAUCUCAACUUCAGGAUCCAGGACCAUGAAAUGCACUUUGUCCGCUCCUGUAUUCACAAUCAAACCUACGACCUGCUCUGGAGCAAGGAUCAGUUGAACUUGAUGAAGAGUGAGGUGCGGGUACUUCAGGAGUUCGAGGAGGGAGCGCUGAACUUUCAACCCACGUACAAGUUUGAUGUGAACUCCAACGAUUACGACAGCAGGACUUUAAAGACAUGGUUUGCUCUGAAUGGGAAGAAGCGUAAACCUGCCUGGACAGACAGGAUUCUGUGGAGGCUCACACCACACAACAGGCCUCCUCUGGAGCCAGAAGAGGACGAGGACUUCCCUCUGAAGGUCAGGCAGGACUUGUACACAAGCCUCAUGGAGUACAGCAUCAGUGACCACAAGCCUGUUGUUGGCUUGUUCACGCUGGAGCUGAGGAAGAUGUUCCACACUCCUUUGGUGAGCCUGCAGCCAGAGGGAGAGUGGACGGCAGACAUUGAUGCCCUCCUUCUAUACAAGCCUCUUCAGUCCUUCCAGUCCAGCCCGUGGGACUGGAUCGGCCUUUAUCAGGUGGGAUUCUCCAGCAUCAGGGACUACAUCACCUACACAUGGGUCAAAGACGGUGAAGUGGCUUUAAAUGACCAGGAAAUCCAGGUCUAUAUGGGUAAAGACGGGAUCCCUGUCCGAGGAGGGGAGUGUGUGCUGGGUUACUUCAGUGGCGUCCAUCAGUGCAUCGUCGGAGUCAGUGAGCCGUUUAAGGUUCAGGAGUCCAAGGCAGCAGUUGAAGCCGCUCUAGCAGAUGAUUUUAUCAAUGGAUGGGACCAGAGGUGGAAGUGAGGAGUCCUUGUCACUGUGAAACUCACAUCAGCUAACACCAACAUCCCUCAUCCAAAUAUGAGAUCAGGUUUACUACUACUACUUAAAGGAGUAUAAAGGACUUUUUUUAAAAAAGAAGAUUGCUCACCUGAGCUACAGGAUCCUGCUGCUUGGUUUCUCAGUGGAGAUUUGUAAAUAAUGCCGGAGCUUAGUUCUUUUUAUUCCUGUCCAUGUUUCUGUGUUUGAAAGUAAAGCUGCUCUUAAGACAGAAGAAGGGAAAAGUAGGGACUGCGAAGAGAGAUGAAGAUCCUUUGAGCCGCUGGAUUCAUGCUGGAGGAGAAUGUUGAUGCCAUCGAAGUAUGGAUCUGCUUUUAGUCUGUGUUUUUAUCCGUUUCCCAAGUUACUGUACAGUUCAGACAGCCAGGAUUGAUUCACAUUUAAGCUGUAUAUUUUUGACUUUUACGUGCAGUAAACACACUGCCAAAGGCUGUAUUUACUACUUUCUUUUAUCUCACCGUUUAUGCUCUCCUGGAUGACUUGAACCUUUGUUUGUCAGAAUUAUCAUUAGCUCACUUGCACUUGUAUUUAAUGUUUUAAGUAAAACGAUUGCCUGUGUGUUGUUAUGGAGCUCGUAUUGUUUGGUUCUUUGUUGGUCAAUAUUGUCUGAGAGACAUGUGAAGUCAUCAAGUGCCUUUUGAACGACCUCAGCUUUAUAUUUCCUGUGCUCUUCAAAUGAAGAUUCAUGUUUGAGAAGUGCUGUCUCAACCUUGCACCUUUAAUGACUCGCUCUGUGAAAGCUUUUCUGUGUAAGCGACUUCGCGUUUUAAUGUACUGUAACUGCGCUGCAAAUGAUUAUAUAUAAAAAGUCACUUUA